UGGCAAUGGUGCAUCGAAAAACCCAAAUUUCAGCAAAAGUAUGCCUACAAGCCAAAACGAGCUCCGAAUCCGUUUCAACCACUAUCAAAUCUCCGCUUCGGAUUUUUUGGUUAAGACUUAAGAAUGAGACAUCCACUCCCUCCUCUCCCACACGCGUGCUUCUUGAAUGCUGGACGCGGCCAAACAGCGCCAGCAGCAAAUCUCCAGGCUGCACAGCAGCAGCAGCGACCGCCCGCAGGCAUGCAACAGCAGCAGCGGCACGGGGAGAAAAAGGUGGGCCAAACCGGGCACGAAACCGAAGCGCUCACCGUCCCUCACCCAAAUCGCCGACCGUGAGGAGAGAAGCCGAGCUGAAGAGAGGGAGGGCAGCAGGCGGCAGCGCGGAGGGGAAAUGGGGAAUGCGCGACCAGUGUGAGCCUCUCACCCCCGCGAAAUCCCACCGCUUCUGAUUCCGCCGGCUAAAUUAGCUGGGCUAAACGGUGGACGGCGGCUUCGAGAGGUUCGUUCGAGACAGUCAGGGUGAGGUUGUGAGGAGCCACGGCGACGGGGAUGAUGAAGGGAGGGGGCGGGAAGGAGACGCUCACCGCCUCCUUCCUCCGCUUCCUCCUCCUGCUCCUCCUCCCCCUCACCGCCUUCUACUUCCUCUACACGCUGCAGCUCCUCCUCACCUCGGCAUCGUCGGCCGCCUCCAACUGCGUCCCGGACGCCGUCUCGGUCUCCCGGGUGUCCGCCAACCUCACGGCGGCGGAGAAGCAGCUGCCCCCUCCGGCCGCAGCUGUGUCCACGGCGACGACGCUGCAGCACGUGGUGUUCGGCAUCGCGGCGUCGUCGCGGUUCUGGGACAAGCGUAAGGAGUACAUCAAGGUGUGGUGGCGCCCGCGCGGCGCCAUGCGUGGUUACGUGUGGCUGGACCGGAAGGUGCGCGAGUCCAACAUGUCCACGGCGCGCACGGGGCUCCCGGACAUCAGGAUAUCGUCCGACACCUCCGCCUUCCCCUACACGCACCGCCGCGGCCACCGCUCCGCCAUCCGCAUCUCCCGCAUCGUCUCCGAGACGUUCCGCCUCGACCUCCCCGGCGUGCGCUGGUUCGUCAUGGGCGACGACGACACCGUCUUCUUCCCGGACAACCUACUCACCGUGCUCAACAAGUUCGACCACCGCCAGCACUACUACAUCGGCUCCCUAUCCGAGAGCCACCUGCAGAACAUAUACUUCUCCUACGGGAUGGCGUACGGCGGCGGCGGCUUCGCCAUCAGCCGGCCGCUGGCCGAGGCGCUCGCGCGGAUGCAGGACGGCUGCCUCCGCCGGUACCCGGCGCUGUACGGCAGCGAUGACCGGAUCCAGGCGUGCAUGGCGGAGCUGGGCGUGCCGCUCACCAAGCACCCGGGGUUCCACCAGUACGACGUGUACGGCGACCUCCUCGGCCUCCUCGCGUCCCACCCGGUCGCGCCGAUUGUGACGCUGCACCACCUCGACGUCGUGAAGCCGCUGUUCCCGGAGGUGAGGUCGCGCGCCGCAGCGGUGCGGCGGCUGUUUGACGGGCCGGUGAAGCUGGACACGGCGGGGCUGAUGCAGCAGUCCAUCUGCUACGACGGCGCCAACCGUUGGACGGUGUCCGUCGCGUGGGGGUUCACGGUGCUGGUGGCAAGGGGCAUAAUGUCGCCUCGGGAGAUGGAGAUGCCGGCGCGCACGUUCCUCAACUGGUACCGGCGCGCCGACUACACGGCGUACGCGUUCAACACGAGGCCCCUGGCGCGCAGCCCGUGCCAGAAGCCCGCCGUGUACUACCUGUCGUCGGCGCGGCGUGCGGCCUUGCGUGGCGGGGUGACCACGGAGACGCGGUACGACCGGUGGCGCCACCCGAACGAGACGCGGCCCGCGUGCCGGUGGGACAUAACCGACCCGGACGCGCAUCUCGAUCACAUCGUCGUGCUCAAGAAGCCUGACCCCGGGCUCUGGGACAGGUCUCCAAGGCGAAAUUGCUGCCGAGUGGUGUCUUCGCCCAAGGAUGGCAAGAACGGGGAGAAGACGAUGACCAUCGAUGUAGGCGUAUGCAGAGAAGGCGAGUUCAGCCAAGUAGCCGGAGCGUGAACUUUCAUAUAGAGAUAGAUGAAGAUAGGAAGCUUCAAAUUCUUUUCUUUUCUUGCGCGAAUCCAUUCUUCUUGUAGGGCAUGAACUAGUCGAAACACCUCUCUUUGCGCCUCACGGGCGUCUAGCUGUAACUGCAGUUCACAAAACGCCAGAAGGCCAGGACUAGAAGUUUUGGCCGGGCGUUCCGGCAUGGUGACGGCAGUCAACCCGCCGCCCUACGCGCAACUAGCGACGGCUACGGUGCCUAGAUUUUGGGUAUAGUAUGUGCUAAACUUGGCCUUUUUAUUAUGGAAACAAAAUAUUUCAGCCUUUUGCAA